GUUUCAAAAUCAAGCUUAUUUUCUUCAGCAGUCCGUUGGCGCGGAGUCUGCGGGUUGGCUGUCCUACGAAAGAAUCUUAAGCGGCGACCCCCACUGACUGACACCCUGCGAUUCCUGUGGUUCCCCCGCAUCCAACUUCAGUGCGUCAGGGUUCUGUCGGUGGUUUGGACUCUCAUUGGACGCUUUAUUAAGUGGCCAUUUGGUAUGGCGCAGCGUCCCCCUGGGGCUGUACCUAACCCACAAGAUGGAGGCGUUUCUCUGGAGCCCUUCAUACACCAGGUGGGGGGUCACACCAGCAUGAUGCGGUACGAUGACCACACCGUGUGUAAGCCUCUGAUCAGCAGAGAGCAGCACUUCUAUGAGUCUCUGCCUCCUGAGAUGAAGGAGUUCACUCCUGAGUAUAAAGGCGUGGUCCUGGUGUCCUUCGAAGGCGACUCCGACGACUGCAUCAACUGGGUGGCGUACCCCUACGUGGACAACAUGGAGGACGUGACGGGGGAGCUGGAGGAGCAGGCCGAGCAGAGGGAGGAGCGGGCCGAGCAGAGUUCUGUGAAACAGAGUCCCCGGCUGGACCCAAAGGUCCGCUCGGACGUCCUGUUCCAGAUGCUGGACUCGAACAGCGGCGUGGCCUCGGAGAAGAUCAGCCUCAACCCCUGGAGCCUGGUGUGCCACAAGCAGCAGCUCAACCGCAUGAGAUCCGAGUCCAAGGACCGCAAGCCCUUCAAGGGCCUGCUGCUGGAGAACAUCGUCCACCCCUUCUCCUUCCCCUGCAUCCUGGACCUGAAGAUGGGAACCCGGCAGCACGGCGACGACGCCUCGGAGGAGAAGGCGGCCCGGCAGAUAAAAAAAUGCAAACAGACCACUUCGGCGAAGCUGGGCGUCAGACUGUGUGGCAUGCAGGUGUACCAGCCGAGCACCGGCAUCUACCUCUACAGGGACAAGUUCUACGGGCGCGGCCUAUCGGUCGAAGGCUUCUGCCAGGCGCUCUGCCAGUUCCUGGACAGCGGGAAGGGCCUGAGGCGGGAUGUCUUUGAGCCGAUCGUGAAAAAGCUCUGCAGCCUGAAGGUGGUGCUAGAGAGGCAGGAGUCCUACCGCUUCUACUCUUCCUCGCUGCUCAUCAUCUACGAGGGAAAGGAGUCUGAAGCCGCCCCGCCGCCCGGCCCUGGGCAGAGCGCCGCCCCUGCAGACAUCCACGCCGCUCCCUCGGACCUGGAGCCUCUGUCCUCUCAGGGACCCGGACAUUCGGCGCCAGACGCCCCCCCCCCUCCCUUCCCGCCCAGCGUGACGGACUGCUGCCCCUUUGUGCCCUGUCCCCCAUCAAAAUGUCCCUCCCCGCCGCCGCCUCAGCAGCCCCCUCUGGUGGACAUGCGCAUGAUUGACUUUGCCCACUCCACCUUCAGGGGUUUCCUCGACGACAAGGUCCUGCACAAAGGCCCGGACCAGGGCUACCUGUUCGGACUGGAGAACCUCAUUCAUAUUAUAAAGGACUUUCGAGAUGAGAACCUGCCGUAGCUCCAGAGGCCGGAGGUUCUGGAGCUACGGCAGGUUCUGUUCUGUUCUGUUCUGUUCAAUGAACCACCAAAAAACGUC